GUUACCUUAGUAACACAAAUAACGCCCAGGCGCUUCCUUGCACUUUAGCAAGCCGGCUUUGUUAGCUUACGCCUGCACUUCUAAUAAAUGAUUUGGCGUCUGUAAAGAUACAACUAUGCCUAGGAAGAGAUCAUCCAGAGAAAAAACAAACAUCGAAGAUGAGUCUGUGAAAAACAAAGGGCCGACUCCAGAGGAAGCAUUACCUGCUCAGACAAUCAAUGAUUAUCGGUGUUCGGGAAAUGUGCAGAUCGACUUCCCUGCACUUUGUGCUUUUCUGGACAUGAAAAAUAUUCCAACCGUCUGCAUUACUGAAACAGAAGACACAGAUGACAACCAGUCUCAGAUAAAAAAUAAAUAUCUCUGGUGUAAGCCACGCUUAACAGUUAAGCUGGAGACUGAAGACCCUCACAGUGCCACAAAAAUAAAGAUUUCCGGAUGGAAAGUGAAUGAGCAGAUUUUCCAAGUGCUACAGAUAAUGCUUCCCUCCAUGAGCCAGCUAGCGAGCCUUCAGUUUUGGCAGACGGGACUGACAGAUCCAAUGGUAAUCUCCCUCAUGAACACACUAUCUCUUUGCUCCAGCCUCAGGUCUGUGACACUGGAAGGCAACGCUCUUCCAGAACAAAGCUUCCACCUUCUGUUAUCUGAAACCAGUGUCCUCACCCACUUGUCCCUUCGAAAUAAUCAGAUCGGAGAUGAAGGUGCUCACCUGAUUGGUUUGGCUCUUUCAAACACCAGAUCUGCUAACAAGAACCUUUUGUCUCUCAACCUGGCAUUCAACUCUAUUGGUGAUGCAGGUGCUAGGCAUGUUGCGCAGGGCCUGCGGUUUAAUCGUACUUUGGUCUUUCUCUCAUUGUCCAACAAUCAAAUUGGAGACUCAGGAGCUGCUCAUCUGGCUACGGUACUUGGUGAGUUCUCUCUAAAUCAUGAGGAAGUCAAAGAGAGGAGGAAGCUGCUUCUGCAAAGAACACAGACUUCUCGUCUUGGGCCUGAUCCUGAACAGUUAUGUGGAGAGCAGCUUGUACUGGGUGCUCUCAAGAGAGAGAACAAGACCACGCCCCCCAAAAAGGUAGUAUCCAGAAAAGAUGAGAAAUCAGCUGACAAUAAAGAGAAGUCUAACAAGAAAUCCACUGACUCAAAGGUGACUCAAAGCAAAAACCAAAAGCCGGGGGGUAAAGAAAAACAGUUACCAACACAAGAGCAGGCAGAGUUGGUGGGGAUAGUAAACCCCCUGCUGGACCCAUCGGUGCAUUGCAGGGACGGACAACUCUUCUUUCCUGGAAACAAGACUCUGGCCUCCCUCAACCUGGCAGGAAACAGAAUUACAGAAAAGUCGCUGCUGUUCUUCUUAAGGUCACUGGAGAUACAGGAUGCGGAAGGAGGUCUGCUGCGUCUUUGCUUGCAGAGAAAUCACUUCUCAUCAGAGUGUGAUUCCUACAUGAAGAUAAAGGAACUGAUGGCAUCCAGAAAUAAUUUAGAGCCUCUGAGAAGCCUCAUCAAAAACGAUCCUGAAACAAGAGAACAGGAAGGACAGGUUGCUUAAUGCUGAACAAACAGAUGUCUACAUCC